GUCGUGGGGCAGAGCAACAGCAGCGGCAGGGAAACAGUGGCGAAGUUUGUACAAGUAUCGAAAGAAGCGGCGGUGGUCAAGAGCCACUGGCCGCAGUUCAGCUUCUUUUCCUCACGCCGCCCGGAAAAUACCGCUCAGAAGCGAUUCACCACCCACAUGAUCACAGCAGCUGCGGUCCCGCAAGUUUACAACUUCGCAAUCCGGUUGAUGGGUCUGCCUCCGCCGGGCCACCUGUUGGUGCGAAUAAUGUGGACGCAGCCGCGCCGAAUCCUCAGGCUGCCUCAAGCAAGGCUCCACCUAGCUCCACGAUCCCCCUGCCGAAGCCGCAGUGGAAACGCGCUGGACCUGCGUUGCGUGGGCCUGAUCCCAAGCAGACCCCCAACCGAGGAGCGCACCAGCACCGCGUAGUGUGGAUUCCGAUUCGCGUUCGUCGAUACCCGCCAAGGAAUACCGGGGGUGGGACCUCCGCCCUGAUGGAACUAGAAAAUGCAACCGCCUGCAGUGCGACUGAACGAAGUCGGAAUGCUGUUUCGUCGAGGGCUGGUCCGACGGGAGCCGCAGGCAGCGGGGGGUCAUCUGGCGCGUCCUCUUCAUCAGGGGGACGACAAGUUAUCUCACCAAGCGACGCUGCAGCGACGAUUGCCGGGCAAUCGGACGAACGCGAAGCCGCGGCAAUUUCCGGCACCAACGAAGAUGAUGUCCAGCAGCGUGUUGGACGUCGAGCUGGUACGUUUAUUUUCAUGCAUCGAGGAAUUGUACUACGACACUACUUUACUUUCACUUUCGCUUUCCAUUUUUGCUUAUAUAGCUGGAACUCUCGUCCUUUAGAUUCAACCCUUUUUCAUUUUCGUUGGUCGUGCAAUUCUUGCAAAUCUAGUGACAAUAGAGUGCUCAUCAUGAUCUUCCGCCUGCUCUAUGCAUUGUUGCUGCACUUCUAAGUUUUGAUUUCAAGUCUUGUUUACGUAAUUUCUUCACAGGUGCUGAAGCAGAUGUACUGCCACCUGCGUCUGUAUUGAUUCCCGGAACGCGUGCACGUAGACGAACGAGAAGUUUACCUCCAAACAGACACCAUGAAGCCUUACCGCCGCCGCCGCCACCAGAGGGAGAGGGCGGAGGGUCAGGGCCGACCCCAACGCCUCCGCAGGGAUCACCUCCAGCUGGCGGUGCUCGUGGAAGUAGCAGUAGAACACCAGGCACAUUAAGAACAACAGCAUCAACGCUGUCCCAAGCUCAAGCAGGACCGCUAGGAGGUCCGACUCCAGUAAUUCCUCCAGGAACUACGACACCUUUGGCUUUGCCGGGCUCGCAGCAGCAGCAUUCCUCGAAUCCUG